UGGUCGACAAUAUUCCUCCAGAAGUGGCGUCACAAUAGCCAACAACUGAUCCACGGAUGGAACUCCACUUUCAACCGGUUCGAGACCGGCGACGAACAGCUGGUCCGAAGACCACUCUUCCGCGACAGGAGUUUUACCGAUUCUUUGAGUGUCGAAACCGAACGCAAAUUAUUUAAAUAUUUCAUUACUUAUCCUAUCAUUGGUUUUUGUUUGCUAUUCAUAUUCGGUGUAAUGAUUGCUGUGUUUAGGUUUCAGCUCCAAUUCAUGAACUCGUUUUUGUCCCUCUUUUACAUCGCUUUCUAUAUCGGAGAUAUGGAUAAACUUCAGGAGCAAUUGGCGACUCUAUUGAUCACACGUCAGGUGAUCGGUAACAUCAAAGAGUCGAUUGUGCCGUUCGUGUGGGAGUCGUAC